GCCCGCCGCGCCGCCAUGCCGCCUCCUCCUCCUCCUCCUCCUCCUCCUCCUCCUCCUCCUCCUCCCCCUGCCCCCUGCCCCUGCCAUGGCGCCCUUCCUGUUUCCGCCCCUCGCCCUAAGAUGGCGGCGGGCGGCCGCCUGCCCUCAGCGCUGCCCGCAGCCCGGGUCCGCGCCGCCUUCCUGCGCUUCUUCCAGCAGCAGCACGGCCACCGCCGCCUGCCCUCCGCCCCCGUGCGGCCCCGCGGGGACCCCAGCCUCCUCUUCGUCAAUGCGGGCAUGAACCAGUUUAAGCCCAUUUUCCUGGGCACGGCGCACCCCCGCAGCGAGCUGUCGCGGUACCGGCGGGUGGUGAACAGCCAGAAGUGUGUGCGCGCCGGGGGCAAGCACAACGACCUGGAGGACGUGGGCCGGGACGGCUGCCAUCACACCUUCUUCGAGAUGCUGGGCAACUGGUCCUUCGGGGACUACUUCAAGGAGGAAGCGUGCAGCAUGGCCUGGGAGCUCUUGACGGAGGUCUACGAGAUCCCCAAAGAUCGCCUCUACGUCACGUACUUUGGCGGAGACUCCUCACUGGGGCUGAGCGCUGACGAGGAGUGCAGGGACGUAUGGCUCCAGCUGGGGGUGCCUGCCAGUCGCGUGCUGCCUUUUCCAUUGAAGGACAACUUCUGGGAGAUGGGUGACACAGGUCCCUGCGGUCCCUGCACAGAGAUCCACUACGACCACGUGGGUGGUGGCAGAAAUGCUGCAGCACUGGUGAACCAGGGCAGCCCUGAUGUGGUGGAGAUCUGGAACCUGGUCUUCAUGCAGUAUAACAGAGAGGUGGAAGGGAAUUUGCUUCCCUUGCCUCAGCACCAUGUGGAUACAGGAAUGGGCUUGGAAAGGCUGGUGGCCGUUCUGCAGAACAAACGCUCCAACUACGACACGGAUCUCUUCACGCCCAUCUUGGACGCCAUUCACAAGGGCUGUGGCGCGCCCAGGUACCAGGGUCUGAUCGGGGAUGCUGACGCUGGGCGUGUGAAUAUGGCCUACCGCGUAGUGGCAGAUCACGUGAGGACGUUGUGCGUGUGCAUCACUGAUGGCAUCUACCCAGGCCUCUCCGGAGCAGAACUGGUGCUGCGUCGGAUCCUGCGCAGGGCUGUCCGCUUCUGCUCUGAAGUCCUUCGCGCUCCGCCUGGGCUCUUGGCUUCCCUCGUGCCUACUGUAGUGGAGGUGCUGGGCGAUGCCUACCCAGAGCUGAGGAAGAGCACAGACCAGGUCAUGAAUAUCAUCAACGAGAAUGAAGCUGCUUUCCUGUCCUCCCUCGAGCGGGGGAGGCGCGUCAUUGAGCGGACAGUGCAGCAGAUGCAGCCCUCCACAAAUUUCCCAGCUGAUGUAGCCUGGUCUCUCUAUGGGAAUUUGGGGUUUCCUCUGGAUCUGAUUGACUUGAUGCUUGAAGAAAAGGGAAUCCGUUUGGAUUCUGAUGCUUUCAAUGAACUUGUUCAGGAGGAUGCGAAGCGGAAGGCUGAGGGCGUGCAGGCAGGACAGCUGGAGGGCACAGAUAUGCACCUGGAUGUGCACUCGCUGGCUCAGCUGCGGAAUGACAACGUGCCUGCUACUGAUGACUCUCCGAAAUACUCCUACAAGCUUGGGCAGCACGGGCAGUACGAGUUCAGCCCGUGCCAGGCCACCGUCCUGAUGCUGUACAGAGAUCAGUCUCUCCAGAAGGAGGUUGGGGCAGGGCAGCGCUGUGGUGUCAUCUUGGACAGGACUAACUUUUAUGCAGAGCAGGGUGGGCAAGCCUCUGACCAAGGCUACCUGAUACGCUUAGGACAGCAGGACAUCCUCUUCCCUGUGGAGUCAGUUCAUCUCUGUGGUGGUUACGUGGUGCAUGAGGUCACUGCUGUGGAAACCCUGCGUGCUGGAGAUCAAGUUCAGCUUUUCGUGGAUGAGGCCCGGCGGCUGGGCUGCAUGACCAAUCACACCGCUACCCACCUGCUCAACUUUGCACUCCGCCACGUCCUGGGUGACAGGACAGAGCAGCGAGGGUCCCACGUGACGGCAGAGCGGCUGCGCUUCGACUUCGAUAUCCAGGGUCCUGUGACUGUGGAGCAGCUGCAGCGAGUUGAGCAGGUGGUCCAGGAUGUGAUCAAGCGAAAUGAGGCUGUGCAUAUGGCUGAGGUUCCCCUUGCGCUGGCAAGAAGAGUUCAGGGACUUCGUGCUAUGGAUGAGGAGUAUCCAGACCCGGUGAGGAUAGUGUCCCUCGGGGUUCCUGUGGAGACUGUGCUGACCUGUGACUCUGAGGCUGCAAGGCAGACCUCUGUGGAGCUCUGCUGUGGGACGCACCUUCUCCAAACAGGAGCUAUGGAGGACCUGGCUAUCGUCAGCGAGCGCCAGCUCGUGAAAGGGGUUAGCCGUGUCAUUGCAGUCACAGGGAGACAGGCCAAGCAGGCCCGAGAGGUAGGCCAGUGCUUGGCUGUGGAAGUGGACUCCGUCUCCAUACGGAUGAAGCAGAGGAGCAGCUCUGUUGCUGAGAUGCAGAACCUCUCCAAAGAAGUGGGCCAGCUGACCAAAGUGGUGGCUAGCACUGCAAUGCCCCAGUGGCAAAGAAAAGAACUACAGACCAUCCUCAAAGCGCUGCAGCGAACUGCCAACACAGCCAUCAAGAAACUGGAGAUGCAGCAGGCUGAAGAGAAGGUACAAAGCCUGCUAACAAAGCACUGCAACCAACCUGUCAUCAUAGACACUGUCCCAGCUGACUCCCUGUCUAUCCUGAUGAAGGUAGUGAACCAGCUGUGUGACAAGUCUCCAGGCACAUCAGUCCUGCUGCUCAGCCCUCAGGCUUCUGGAGAGGUGCUCUGUGCCUGCCAGGUGUCCAAGGACUGCAUCCCAGUGUUCUCUGCUGCUGACUGGGCCAUGGCUGUCUGUACGCAGAUGGAGGGCAAGGCAGGAGGCUCUCCUGUCGUCGCUAAGGGCAGUGGAAAUGCCAAAGGCAUUCAGGGAGCCCUGACUACUGCGCUGGAGUUCGCUCGGAGUAAACUCUGAAAUAACUGUGGAGCUUUGGUGGCAGGACAGCUGCAUGCCCCCCAAUGCAAGGUGUGUGGAUACUUGAUCCAGAGCACGCGUUAGACUUUGAUCUGAGAGGAUUAGCAGCUCCCACACUGAAUGUUGCUGUAAAUGCUGCGCUGGAGCACUCAGCUUCUGGCUAUCAGGGAUGAGCAGAGUCUGCUCCUGAUACCACCGACAGAAUAAUGCUGCCUGUUCUCAGCAUGGGUGUUUGGGGAUUGAUCCUCAGAAAGUGCCAACUUCUUCUGGAACAGCGCAGUUCUUGCUACAAGACUGGCACUGGGAAGCUCUGAGAGCAUGGGGGGAUGGCACAGUGUUAUCCCAACACUAUUAAAUGGCCGAGAAUGUGA